AUGUUGUUGGGUGUUUGUUUGGCCUGGGUGGGGCUAGCCUUUAGCCACCUUACCUGGAGCAGCAGUGAUGGCUGCGGGCUACAGCUACAAGGAGAUUACUCCAUUGCCGGCCUAUUCCCCCUACAUGACACAGACACCGCUGCUUCUCACACACCAUAUCUGGGUAACUGCAAAGAAGGAAAAUCUAAUAAACAUGGUUAUCAUUUGGUGCAAGCUUUGAGAUAUGCUGUGGAAGAAAUCAACAAUGGUUCCAUAAGCAGGAAUCUGUUACCUGGAAUCACACUGGGUUACCAAACAUAUGAUACCUGCUCCAUGCCAGCCAGCAUUCUGGCCACCCUUGACCUUUUAGCCCGACAGGAAAACAGCUCUGGUGUGGACCCUCAAGCGGUAGCUGUUAUUGGUCCAGACAGUAGCAGUUAUACCUUCACACCUGCCGCUGCCCUAGGGUCGUUCCUAGUGCCCCAGAUCUCCUACGAGGCUUCAAAUGAAAUGCUAAGUAAUAAACGUUUGUACCCAGCUUUUCUCCGUACCAUCCCUAGUGACAAGAACCAAGUGAAUGCUAUGAUUCAGAUCCUUGUGCGAUUUAACUGGACAUGGAUAGCUCUGCUUGGCAGUGAUAAUGACUAUGGUUUACAAGGUAUGCAAAGCCUGUCAGAGCAGGCUUCGGAUUAUGACAUAUGCAUUGCUUACAAAGGCGUAAUUCCCAGGUAUAGUGACGAGACUCGACAACGAAUACAAAACAUGGUUCAGAGUAUCCUCCGAACAAAAGUGAACACUAUAGUCGUGUUUUCCAGUAAGCGAAUAGUCAGCGGCUUUUUCCCAUUUGUGAUCCCGCAGAACGUCAGUGGUAAGGUUUGGAUUGGGACGGAGGACUGGUCAGUUGCAUCACUAGUAUCUUCGAUCCCGGGGAUCAGUACAAUAGGAACUGUCAUUGGUGCGUCAGUUAAGUACACACCUUUUUACGGUUUCCAAGAUUUUGAAAACAAAGCUCUUUCGUUACCGCACUGCAAUGAGAGUUCACAGCCUUCUGGCAAUCUGGGUGUCGCAUGUCUUCAAAACACAAAUCUCUACACAAUGGUAUCUCAAAAGUUCCCUUUAGAGAACUAUGAUGUUACAUCCUCCUUCAAUGUGUACAAGGCCGUAUAUGCAGUAGCAUAUGCUCUUCGCCAGGUUCUUAACUGUGACUCUGGAAAAUGCCAGAAGACUGAGGUUCAGCCAUGGCAGCUCCUGAAGCAGAUUAAACAGGCAAGAUUCUCUAUCAGGAACACAUCAGUUUAUUUUGAUGAGAAUGGAGACCCACCUACAGGCUAUGAUAUAGUAACAUGGAUUUGGGAAGAGGAUCAGUGGUUACUUCGAGUGGUGGGAACGUACAAGCCAGAUCCCCCUAUGCUACAGGUGGACUCCUCUCAGAUUCAGUGGAGUAGUGAUGGUGUUACCAAAACAAUUGUGCCUGUUUCUCUGUGUUCCCCUGACUGCCCCUACGGUCACCAGCAUCUCCUCACAGGGCAGCACAGAUGCUGUUUUGACUGCAUGGCAUGUCCUGCCAAUACUUUUCUCAACAAGUCAGGCUCAACAAGAUGCCAGCCAUGUGAGCUUGAUGAGUGGGCACCAGCAAAAAGUGAGUCCUGCCUGAACAGGACUCUGCUCUACCUGCCCUGGGAGGCUCCUCUCUCAGUGACUCUGCUCACGCUGCUGGCUCUGACUCUGCUGCUCACCGUAACCACGGCACUCAUCUUCCUGCGUAACCUCGGUACACCUGUGGUGAAGUCAGCCGGAGGUAGAACCUGUCUGCUGAUGCUGCUCUCUCUCACUAUGGCCACAUGUAGCCCUCUGUGUCACUUCGGAAUGCCCACACACCUAAGCUGUGUCCUCAAACAGCCUUUGUUCAUCUUUAGUGUUACUAUCUGUCUGUCCUGUGUGACUGUUCGCUCUUUCCAGGUCGUGUGCAUCUUUAAAUGGUCCUCUAAGCUGCCCAGGGCGUAUGAGACAUGGGCUAAAAAUAAGGGUCCAGAGAUUUUUAUCGCAGUCACCUCACUGUCCGAGUUCCUCAUCUCUCUGCUGCGGAUAGCCCUGGAUCCACCCUAUCCCUCUCUGGACCAUGACUUCUACCAUGACAGCACUGUAGUGGAGUGUAGUAAAACCAUGUCCCUGGGAGCAGCUGUGGAGCUUAUCUAUGUGGUAGUACUCAGUGCCCUCUGUUUCUGCCUUAGUUACCUGGGUAAAGAUCUGCCAGCAAACUACAAUGAAGCUAAAUGCAUAACAUUUAGUCUCAUGAUCUAUAUUGUCUCCUGGAUUAGUUACUUCACAUUUUACAGCAUUGACAGAGGCACAUAUACUAUGGCCUUGAAUGUAGCUGCCAUACUCUUUAGUGUGCUGGGGAUGCUCGGUGGCUAUUUUCUGCCUAAGGUGUAUAUUAUUAUUUUGAAACCCCAGAUGAACACCACUGCCCAUUUCCAAAAUUGCAUUCAGAUGUACACGAUGUCUAGACAAUGA